AUGUCAUCCUCAGCUACCGUCAUCAAGCCCGUCAAGCCCGCCAUCACACUCUCAUCUCUCGGCCAGAUCCAUCCCACCACCCUAGCCCCUCUAUUGCUAGACCCCGAACAGAGUACCAAAUUGGCCGUGAUUGACGUGCGAGACUCAGACCAUAUCGGUGGAAACAUCAAUGGCAGCACAUGGAUCCCUAUCAACCAGCUGGAUGCCCGCAUGCCCGAGUUACUAAGGACAUUGAAAGACAAAGAUAGAGUCAUAUUUCAUUGUAUGCUGAGCCAGCAGAGAGGACCAAAGGCUGCUCUGAUGUACGCGAGAGCCAAACGAAGUGCCGAAGAUAAAGCUGAAGCUGAAGCUGCAAAAACGGCCGCGACACAGUCAGAGGGUUCGGAGGAGAAGCCUAGCGAUGGUAAUGUGGACGGUAUUGACAAGAAGAACAAGAGUGGUACAGACGCGAGUCCGCCGCAGGAAGUGUGUGUUUUGGAAGGCGGCUUCGGGUGGUGGCAGUCACGCUAUGGGCCGGAUCCACGCCUGACUGCUAAUUAUGAAGCAGAUAUAUGGGUUUGA